AUGCGUAUUAGGGUGGACAUUGAGUUGCAGGAGCCGGAGCUUCAAAGCAUUGAUCAUAUUAAGCACGUGUUGAAAUCUUUUCCGGAGGGCGUAAAUAUAGGAUUUUCCACGAACAAGGAGGCACUUGCACGAUUGGUGAACAAUGCGCUAAUGAAGCGCAACUUUGAGUCCAUAAUUCCAGAGCUGAAGGAUAGACUCUGCCAUCCUUCUUUGUACGAGGACUGCCUAGAUGUUCUUUGUGAGGCUAUCUUUGAUUCACAGCGCGGGGAAAGAGGGGAUCCACUUGAUGGGUUCAUUAGCUUAUUAUCACAGCUUCCGGAGAGUAAACAAAAUACUGUUAAAAGUGAUAUUGUUCAACGCGCAAUGAUUUUUCUCUCGCGACACCGGCGCCUUGAUUGUAGUAGGGUACCGCUACUGCCCUAUGCAGAGGUCCUGGCCGCACUUACCAAGGCAGAGAUGCUCAAUGUCCGCAGUGUAGUGGUUGCCCUGAUGCAGAUGAUUCGUCUAGAUAAUACACGAAGUGCCGGUAUCACCUGUCUGGGGAAAAUGGUGGAGGUGGCGCAUGAGCUUCUCCUGGAACGAUUAGAUCAACACACCCUUGAAACCCUGCGCUCCACGGUGGCCUUCGCCCAGCAAGAUGACACAUUUCUUUAUGAUGUUGAAUAUAUUAUGGAACCCUUUGGAUGGAGCCAAUCUGAAAAGUUCAUUAAUUUUGCCGUUCGGCUUUCGGGGGCCCAUCACACCUCCGCUAUUUUGUCCCUGGCGUAUGGAGGCGGUGCGAAUUCUCGGGAGGCGGUAGUGACAUCAUCUGUGGACGGAACGAUUGGGACGUGGGAUCAAUCCGGGGUUCUCACUGAGAACCUCGUCCUCUCACGUCAUUAUGCCUCCUCGAUGGACUUUGCAAACUCUGGACGGAUUCUUAUUGUGGGCACGGUGGGAAGACACGCUUCUGUGGCGCCCGCAAUUGUUCUGUAUUCGACGGACCCUACGUACAAUGAAGAAUCCAAUUGGCAGGAAAGUGGUGGCGCAGAGCCGCGGGGAGCCCGUUUCAUUACCACGGUUCGAAGUUUAAGAGGGACAGGUACCCUGAGGUACUGCUGUGGCGUUACUACUGCCUCGGCCAAUUCCGUACUACUGUACGAUGGAACCCAAAUGAUACAAGAAUAUAAUGAUCACAAUGACAUUGUAUCUGCUAUGCAUGUUAUUCCAGACAGGGACCACAUUCUUGUUAGUGGAUCACGGGACUGUUCAGUAAUGAUAUAUGAUCUCCGCAUGGCUCAAAAUACCACGACGCCUUCUGCGUAUCGCCACUAUAGCACUGUCACAUCUAUUGGGAGUUGCGGCGACUAUCUCUUUACCAGCGGCCUGGACCGGCGCGUGGUGGUGCAUGAUUUCCGCAUGAUGGGUCAAGGCGUGGCCACAAGGGAGCUGGAUAGCGCCGUGCUAAGUCUUUCUGUAAACCCAAAUAUGGUAUGUGCUGCCUCAACAAUGACAGGCAUUCACCUCAUCAACUUUGCCAACAAUGCAAUGCCAACUUGCAGGGCAGAUGGAGGGCGCAUGAGCCCACGUUAUAAUGCCAUUGCUUGGAAUGCUCAAGGUAAUGUCUUGUAUGCUGGUGGCGACAGCAAUACCCUGGAUUUGUUUACUCGAAGUUAUCCUGAUACUGAGGCAUACAUAGCCUGA